AUAUAAACCCAAAUGCAAUCAUAUACACGAGCAUAGAAGAUACUAGAAACUCCACAGAGACACAGCCCAAAAUCACACCAUGCCAAACUACAAACUCAUUUAUUUUAAUAUGAGGGGGAGAGCAGAAAUUAUUCGUUACAUAUUUGCAUAUUUGGACAUAAAAUAUGAAGACCACAGAAUAGAACAAGCUGAUUGGCCUGAAAUCAAGUCAACUCUUCCAUUUGGCAAAAUCCCCAUUUUGGAAGUUGACGGACUGAAACUUCACCAGAGUCUGGCAAUAGCAAGAUACUUGACCAGAAACACAGAUUUGGCUGGAAAAACAGAACUUGAACAAUGUCAAGUGGAUGCAAUUGUGGACACACUGGAUGAUUUCAUGUCUCGUUUUCCUUGGGCAGAGAAAAGACAAGAUAUAAAAAAUCAGAUAUUUAAGGAGCUACUUACAUGUGAUGCACCUCCUCUUCUGCAAAAUUUGGACACAUACUUAGGGGAAAACAAGUGGUUUAUUGGUGACUCUGUAACUUGGGCAGACUUCUACUGGGAAAUUUGCAGCACCACACUUUUGGUCUUUAAACCUGAUUUGCUGGACAUCUACCCCAGGCUGGUGACAUUACGGAAGAAAGUCCAAAGCAUUCCUGCCAUCGCUGACUGGGUACUGCGAAGGCCCCAGACCAAGCUCUAGGUAAUGCCAGCCACCUCCAACCUUUAUUCUUCUUUACAGCAUCACUCUCAUCAGAUAAGAAGCUACAUCAACAUGCUGCAUAAUGUGCAUACACCACCCCCUCAGCUCCGUUAACACUUUCAUUUCUGCCAUAUUCUGCUUAUUAAAAAAAAAAAAAGGAAAGAGGAUUAGAAAGAAAAAGA